ACAACAAAUAUUUGCUGUAGCUGUGAAAAUGUGUGAUUUGUAAUUCGUUAUGAAAAGUGCGAUGAAACUGUGGCUUUUUCAAUUUUAAGUCAAUUUAAGAUAAAUUUAUCGUUAUUGUUAUGGUCUAUCUGAUUAAAAUUUAUUGCGAUUUAAUUGGUAGUUAUUGAUCUGAAAUAAUGGCAACCGGCAUUUACUUAUUGUUUCUAAGAACUAUCCGUUUUAGAUAGAGCUAUAUAAAAUGAACAGACUCCGAUCGAUGAAGGCUGUCAUUUCAAAUCUAAACACUGUCUAAUGCCAAUGAGGAAAAUAAAGCUGUGUUCAAGAAACAUAUGGAUAUUCUUUUAUUUUGUUGAUAUAAUGCGUUCCUUCUAAUCAAAAAGUUAUUAAACGAUAUUUCUUUAAAGUUUGUGAUUUUCUUCUUCAUAGUGUACAUGUGAUUUCAAAACCUACUGUGAUGAUUGAUCUACAAGGUUGAAGGUAUGGUGUAGACUAUUAGAUAAAAUUUCAUUCAUAAAACUCUGUAGCGACAUUUAUUUUCAAAAGGAAUAUGCAGGUUGUGUACAGUGGUGGUUCUACCACUACACCGUCACCUCGCCUUCAAAGGAAACAGAUCAAAGGUUACGGGAGACCUGUAUUACCAGGAUAUUUUCCUCCUACCGUACACCAUACAAGUACACCAAGAUCCCAAUCAAAGGAACGGGAGAAAGAGGAUACAGAAUCUAGUCUGAGAGAUUCUAUCCCAGCGAUGAUGAAGCCAGUAGCUAUUAUGUGUCUGAUCUUUAAUAUUAUCAUUCCAGGAUUAGGUACGUUAAUAUCAGGAUUUUCGGUGCUUUGUUGUUCUAAAGUGCGAUUAAAGGACCAAACAAAACAGAAAGUAGUAUUAGUGAAUAGUUGGGUAGCAUUACUUCAGUUUAUUACAGCCUUUAUUUUGUUACUGGGAUGGAUAUGGAGUAUUGUAUGGGGAAUGUCUUUCAUCGAAUAUUCUCGCGAAUUCUAUAAAACAACCAUCAAAGACGAGAAAAAGACUGCUAUUGAAAGGGAAAGAGAAAAAGAAAAACAGACUGAAGUGAUAAAUAGUAGGCCUCACAGACAAUUGUCUCCUCAUAGAGAAGAAGAAUAUGAACAUAUUCAAAAUGGGUCAUAUUCAAGUCAACAUAGAACGCAUACUUUAAAUCUGCCAGGUUCGGCUUCCGAAUCGCAACAACCAAUAAUAGUCCUGCAGGAACUUCCGGUAGUUAGCAUGCCGGGAUCUUUUACACAGUCGUCUUCGCGUCCAAUUUUAAAUGCCAGGACUAGACAUGAAAAAAUUCUGAGACGACAAAUGUCUGACAAUGAAUUAUCGCCAUUUAAUCUUACAAAUGAACAAUUAGAGGAAAUCGUUAUUCAUGCAGCUCCAUUGCCGAGAAAUCGGAGCCACCCAGACAGCAUUCCAGAACAUGCAGGACCAAGCGCUAACACCAAAUAACGCUUGUUUUGUGAUUGUGAAAAAAAAUAGUUGUGUAACCCUACAUACGUAUGAAAUGCAUAAUAUAAUGAAAUAACCAUAAGCAUUCAUGAAAAUAAGAAGAUGUGGUAUAAUUGCCAUUUUCCACCAGAGACCCCCAAAAAAAUGAUGACAUAGAAUUUAGCAAACUUGGCCUCCGUACAGCCUUCAACAAUGAGCAUAAACCAAUACCGUAAUGUCAGCAAUAAAAGGCCCUGAAAUCCAUUGUCUACAUAUUUGAUUUGUGUUACUUGGUAUAGGGAAAUAUGUAUUUUUUUGUGUAGUUUCAUCUGACUCUGACCUCACAUUCACGUAAAUGAUAAGAUAAAACUACUGGCUUCGCUCACUGAAAACAUAGUUAACAUCAUUUAAAGAAAAGGACACACGCAUUGUAACAUUGCAAACACUCAUGUUCUAUUUUUUUAUUGGUAAAUAUAUAAUUUAAUAAACUUUGCUGGGAACGUCAAGUGGCCUCUUUAUAUAUGUCAUUUUGCGUUUUUGCUUUGGAUAUUUCAUAGGGCGAGUGCGCUGGAGGAUAUGGGUCCAAACGCGCUUUAUAUGGUGGCCAGAUGUGUCUAAUUUACGUUUUCGCUUUCUGGCAUACCAAAGAUGUAACGCUUAGCUGACUCAUAAAAAUGGUUCUAUCCUAACAUGAACAUUAGUCUGAAGAAUUGUAUGAUAAGGCAUGUACAACAUACUUUUGACUGUGAGACCACUAUUCAACUUUGAAUAAAAGAUCAGCACAGCUAGUUUGAUAUUGCUCCUUCCCAUUAUGUGUUUUAUCAAAAGUACUUCAAAACGUAAUGCUUUACUUUGUUACAUCAGUAAGAUGUAUUGAAUCCCUUUAGUGGCCUUCGGCUGUUUUCUGCUCUUUGGUCGGGUUGUUGUCAUUUUCAAUUCUAAUUGAUUGUUUUAUGUCUAUCCUUAAACAAGCAGUUAAAACAUGUUAGAUUUUAGUUUUUUAAUGACGUAAUCUGAUAGCUUGGAACAGUCACGCAACCCGUAAACGAUUAAAAGUUAAACCAUUGAAC